AUGUCCUCGAACCCUGGCCAGAUCCCUUCAUCGUCCAAAGCGGUGAACAUCCCGAACCAGUCAGCGUCAGCGACCUUCCACUCGGCUCCCUCGGUUGAUAGUGGCUCUCAGCGACGCGCUGGUGGCUCUGGUAGUUUUGGUGCUGGAUUGGCGUCGAGAAACACAAGCUCGCCGAGAAAUAACCAGUCUCGCAAGAGUCAGCAUAAGCGACAGCGGCGCCCGCGAGUGCUGGAUGAUGACGAGUAUAACGAAGCUGCCAUCAUGAGGUCGACCACCAGUCGUAAGGGACAGACGUCCAUUACUCAUUUGAUGAAUUUCUCCCUUCCUCCUCGUCCUCAGUACCAACCGCCCCCACGGAACCCUCGUCGCUAUGCGUCCUGGGGACUCGGCUCGGGCCAUCACGCCAUGGAUAAGGCUCGUUACGUCCAUGCAAACUAUCGCUUCAUUGUGACGCCAAACCGAAACUACCAUGCGCAAGCGGUCAAUGCCGAUGUUCAUCUCGAUUGGGAUUCGGUUCUUCAGGUUCUGGUGUCAGCUCAGACCCAAUCCGCCAGUUGUCCCAUCUGCCUAUCGACGCCAACAGCACCUCGAAUGGCGCGAUGUGGCCAUAUCUUCUGCCUUCCAUGUUUGAUUCGCUACAUGCACGCGAAGGAGGAGGAUGGUCCCGUCCCGGAAAAGAGACCUCGGUGGAAGAAAUGCCCCAUCUGCUGGGAUUCCGUCUAUGUUUCGGAAACUCGCCCAGUGCGGUGGUUCCGCGGUCAGGAAGGGGAUUUGCCUUUUGAGGGCGGUGAUGUCGUGCUAAGACUAGUCAAGCGAGCGCCAGGCAGCACAUUGGCAUUACCCAGGGAUGGCGCUGAAGGGAUCAUGCCAGGAGAAGAUAUCCCAUGGUACCAUGUCGCUGAGGUUGCCGACUACGCACGAAUCAUGAAAGGUGGAGAGGAUUAUAUGAUUUCGCAGUACGAUACCGAGAUCGAAGAUCUUCGGCGGCAGCAAGUGGAGGAUGAACUUCUGUUUGGCGAUGAAACUACGUGGACGCAGAAAGCGAUCGGUGCUGUCAACGAAGCGAAAGCGAAGAUUCAGGGGAUUGGAAACCCACCUGACAUUACGCGACAGCCUCCAGCACUCUCCAAAGCCGAGCCAACGGUCUCCCCCGAUUCAUCAGAGACCGGGCUAGCUUCAUCAGGUGGCCCCUCAGAUGUACCAAACGGAACAGAAGCUCUAACCGACGCCAUGAAAGAAGUCGAUCUCAAUCCGACUCCUGAGGCAAAGCUGAAGCAGAAACACCCGAAUCGAGGGUUCGACCGAGCGAAGGAUAAUGCGCCUCAACCGCCGGAUCAUCCCUUUUAUUUCUAUCAAGCGCUGCCUCAAUUCUAUCUGUCGCCGCUAGAUAUUCGCAUUCUCAAGGCCGCUUUUGGAGACUAUUCCUCCUUCCCCGCGACCAUCCUCCCUCGCGUUGAACAUAUUUCCACUGGACAUAUUGUUGAUGACGAACUGCGCAAACGGAUGAAGUAUCUCGGUCAUCUCCCUCAGGGCUGUGAGGUGAACUUCCUAGAGUGCGAUUGGAGGGACGUUGUCGUUCCCGAAGUUCUGGAAAAAUUCCGUACCGAGACUGAGAGAAGAAGAAAGCGGAACAAGGAGAAGGAAGCGCGCGAAGAGAAAGACCGCAUUCGUGCUGAAAAGGAAGACGAUAAACGGUGGGCUACCGCUCACCGUAGCCGGCCAAGUAUCGGGAUCCACGACCCUCCCUUCUCCGAUCAUGACUUCCAGCCAUUGGCGAGUAACGGUGCCGAUUUCCCCCAUUUCGAUGCUGGUUCCUCAUCGGCGUCGCCCCCUCGCCCCUCGUCCAACUUCGGCGCUCUAUCUCCCUCCAGCAGUCCUCCCGGGGCUCGUACCGUGUGGGGAACGACAGCUGUAGCAUCGCUUUCGCAGCCGAUGAAUUCGCAGCAGGCCCGUCAUGAUGGUUGGCGUGAGGGAUGGGAAGAGGAGUUGCUGGCGCAGCGAGAGAGCGACUUGUUGGCCCAAACCGCCGCGGAAAGCAGUAAUGCGCCUGCUUCUACAGGCGGGAAGAAGAAAAAGAACAAGAAAAUCACCUUAAUGUCGACUAACAUUCAGAGAGGGGCAUGA